AUGGACGCUCUACCGCCUGACUACGUGGACCACAACCUCCCGCUCAUUCUGCUCUCUGGCCUCGGAUCUGAUCCUGAAGCUAAUUCUCAGGACGGGAUCACACCAGAUGAUGGCGUUGAGUAUCCUCAACUACGGGAAGGCGGCGUCGAGAUAUUUUCCGAUUUCCCUCUCCUGACUGAUUCGACGGCGGAGAGAGUGCUGAAUGCUCUCCUCAGCCAGGAUGCAACGCACAGGCCUUGGAAUGCUAGGGCCGGGGAUGUUGGGUAUAAGAUUAAGAGGGUUGGGCGGACUUAUACUCUGCCUCCCCGAAAAGGUCCCGUUCUGCCCAGGUCGCCCCUAUCUAGCAGUGUUUCGGGUGCACCUAGUAAUACCGCUGCUUCUCCCAUCGUGCUUCACUCACCGAUAUCUCCCCUGACACCAAGUUCCCCGACAUUUCCGGACGGAAUCAUGACCCCACAAUGGGUGACGAAGCACCAGGCAUUGAUCCCCGCAGCCUUCAUCAAUUUCUUCCCAUUCACGACUGAUACGAACAUGGCCUCCCUUGGUGAUAACCAAUUGAAGAUAGAAAUUAACAGUUUACGGAAGAAAUGGGCGGCAUCCGGGUACAAGACACGGUUCAUUGUUGCUUUGCUUUGUGACGAUGGGCCAUUACCAGAGGAUGCAAAUGAUCGGAUCGCCGGUAUCAGGAUGGCGACAAACCUUGAUAUGAAAAGUAUUUUCGUUGUCCAACCCGAGCCAUCACAGUUAGAUAUCAGCGAAUUUAUCAAAGCUCUCUUCGCCAAUUUGCGAGGCCCAAGCGUUGAGUACUAUAGGGAUCUCUCGAAGCAUGCCAGACGAAAGAAAAAUCGAGGCACCAUCCCUCCCCCCACUGCACCACCUACCAGCGGGACUUCACAGACUUUGUCGCUCCAGGGCUGGAAUGUUCGAUACGACUUUAAACUUGGCGUUUUUGCUGAAUUUCGUCAAGAGAUGGACGCUGCGUGCCGUAGUUACGAGGCUGCCUAUGAAGGGCUGUUUGGUGAAGAAGUCUUCGAAAUGAUUGCAGGGUGGAACCCUAGGAGACAGCUUGCGGAGAAUAUUCCAGAUGAGGACCGAGUCGCUCCCACGCAACCUACCGGCCCGUCAUCACUGAGUAGGGCCACUGUUUACGAUAACUAUCUCGCCCCUGAACCUUACGAUGAAUAUCCCAUGUCUGACCAUCCAGGGUUCGCCCAUUCUAAAUUGAUUCUUGGUUUCCUCGAAUCGUCAACAGAGGAGUUCUCCAAAAGGCAGCAAAAUCGCAUUGUAGAACAGCUAAGGCUAAAAAUGGCGAAGGAGCAUAUUAGAAUUGGACAAUGGAAAGAUGGAUUGGCUCUCAUACAGCCUUUAUGGCUGCAGCUAUCAUGGCGGAGGGAGGGCUGGUGGGGGCUGAUGGAAGAUUUUGCUUGGACGCUACGAGAAUGUGCCAUUCAAGCUGAAGAUAGAGAGACUGUUUUGCGGGUAGACUGGGAGUUAAUGAACCAUAUUGUGAUUCUUAAAGGAGAAGACUCGGUUUCCUGUCUUGCGGCAUCCUUUGUCUUCGCCAAAUCGGAAGGCAAUGUGGGAGAGCCCCUACAGUCACAGCUUGUUAUCAGGUCGUGUGCUCAUGCUGGAUCUUCGCCAAUUCGCUUGACGGAGGUAAAAGUUGCGUUUGAAGGCAAUAUUCGUCCUAUUAAGCUUCUAGCAAGUGAAAAUGAAUCUUCCAGCUCUUCCAGCGGUUGUGAGAUCGUACCUGUUUCGUUGCAAGAUUCUGUAAACUUGGACGCUUCAACCGUGCAAUCGCCAACUGCUGGGUUGCCUCAGAUGGUCGGGGCUACCAACCUCUCAUUUGGCCCGAAGCAGACACGGGCGUUCAACCUUGUGUCGGUGCCACGAGAACCAGGUGAAGCACAAGUGGCGUCAAUUACAUUACGAAUCGAACAAGAAAAUUUCGAUCUAUCCUGCGUUAUUAGUGAACAGAAUCGAGAUGAGUCGGUCUGGUGGAGAAUGGGGAAGCAAGGGCCCAUUGCCCGGAGGACAGGAAAGGACAGAGAUACUUCAGUAUCACGAAUCUUGCCGAAACCCCCGAAAGUCCGCAUCUCGACGCCAAGGUCACGGAAUCACUAUUACACGGAUGAGAAGGUUGUGCUUGAUGUUCAGAUCGAUAACGACGAAGACGAAGCGGCUGAGGUUGACGUUGAGAUCAAGUUGUUUGGAUACACUGAAACUUCAGCAACUUUUUCAUGGAUUAAUGAGACGGCUAGUGACUCAAUAGCAGCCGAGGAUGCAAGCCCUAGUUCUCUUGAUACCCCUAUUGAGGGUGGCUCUUCGACCCUCUCAAAAAGACGUACAGUUGGGACAUUGGCUUGUGGAGCCAGCCGCACUCUUUCCAUCCUGUUCACAAACACGACACUGCCACUAGAUUAUGAGGUUGAAAUAUCUGCCUUCUAUCACCUAGUUUCCGAUGUUGAGACGAAAAUAUUCAAAACUGUUUCCUUAGACCUAUCCUUUAUUAGACCGUUCGAGGCCAAUUAUGAAUUCUUACCACGAAUUCAUCCAGCACCGUGGCCAGAUUUCUUCCAUUACGACGAUUCACCAUCGGAAGAUAGUGAAGAGCAGGAGCAGAAACACAAUGGCCUUCAGCAAUUAUGGUGCUUAAACUCGAAAAUAGUGUCUUUCGCUUUAGAACCACUUAUCAUCGAAGAAGUCAACGUGUCGCUGCUAGGGAUCACGGCUGGUAAUAUUUGCAGAAUCGGCACAGAAACUCUCAAAAGCCCUGAAGCCCCUACGAUUGGGCCUGAAGGGCUGCGAGAAUCUGAAUUCACCAUGGAAAUCCAACGCCUUGCGCUUAAUAACCGGCAGCCGUCGACCUUAAACCUUGCACUGGAUAUACGAUGGCGCCGCCCCGACGACGACAACAAUGACCAACAAUCGUCAUCUUCAUCCCAAUCAACGAUAUCAACACUUCCGAUCCCCCGCUUCCUCGUCCCCCUCGUUGAGCCCCGCGUUCUCGCCCACACAACGCCGUCCACAACUCUUCCCGGCUUCCUGCACCUCGACUACACUCUCGAAAACCCCUCAAUGCACUUUCUCACCUUCAACAUUACAAUGGAAGCCAGCGAUCAGUUUGCGUUUCACGGACCCAAGGCCACGACAUUGCAACUGGUGCCGCUCAGUAGACAUACGGUGAGGUAUAACUUACUAGCCAACGUGAGGGGCAAGUGGAUACAGCCGCAGUUGGCAGUGGUGGAUUCGUACUUUAACAAGACGUUGAGGGUGUUGCCCACAGAGGGGAUGAUGGGUGAUAAGAAGGGCAUUUUGGUGUGGGUUGAUGCGGACGGGUGA